AUGCGCUUCCUCCGGCUUUCACUAGGGGUCUUUCUUCUGGUCGCGGACAGUCUCGCAGACACGUGCAAGAAUCCCCCGAUACGCAAAGAAUGGAGACAACUGGAUCUAGACGAACGCCGCGAUUACAUUCGCGCAGUCCUUUGUCUGGCGUCUCAACCGGCGAUAUCUGGUCUUGAGAAUGCAGCGACGCAUUUCGAUGAUUUCCAGGCUACUCAUAGUGACCAGACCCCAAGUAUCCAUUGGGUGGGUCACUUCGCCCUAUGGCAUCGAUACUUCGUUGCAACCUAUGAAAAAGCACUUCGGGAAGAGUGUGGAUACAGAGGCGCACAGCCAUACUGGAACUGGUCCUUGGAUGCCUCCUCAACAGACAAUUCCUCAAUGGCCAUCUUCAAAACCGAUAUCUUCGACGCGGACCGAGGGUUCGGCGGAAAUGGCAAAUACCUCCCAGCCAACGCCACACAGAACCCAUUCAACCUGACCGGCCGAACAGGCGGCGGAUGCGUUGAGAACGGCCCCUUUACGCCGCCAGAUUUCAUGCUCGCUGUUGGACAUCCAAAAGGUCAACCGGAUUGUCUGCGUCGGGACUGGAUACCCUGGAUCAUGAAUUACUUUGCCCAACAGAGUCUUGUGGACCAUGUCCUGGCUCAGCCGGAUUAUACAUCCUUUUCACGGGCGCUUGAAAAUAUACCUAGCUUUGCGCAGCCUAAUAUCCAUGGAAGCGCGCAUUUCGGGGUCGGGGGUGUACUUGGGACAUUGGGGAACUCGGCUCUCAGCCCUGGGGAUCCUCUCUUCUUCCUUCAUCACUGCAAUCUCGAUCGUGUCUUCUGGGAGUGGCAGAAUAGAGACCUGCCUACUCGCUUCCAUCAAGUUGGUGGUCCUAUUACACCACUUGAUUAUACUGGGAAGAAUGUUACUCUAGACUUCAGGGUGAACAUUGGCAAGCUUGCGCCUAAUACUACGCUUGAAAGCUUGCUCAAUACUCAAGGUAAUACUUUGUGUUAUAGUUACUCGGAAUAG